UUCCUUUCCCUACAAGAGCAAGUUUUAUCUCAAAAUGCCUCAGAAGUGACUGUUAAAGAACUUUUAAAGAAAGUAGCUGACUCUCAAAUAGAAAAAGGUACUUCAUUUCAUUUCCCAUACUCUCUAUACAAAAGAUAAGGAAUCUAUCCUUCAUUCAUUCACUUGGCCUUCUUUGGGCACUAUGAUGAAACACUACUUCGAAGAGAAUUUAAAGUCUUUGACAAUAAUGCGUUUGUUACACUCUGGGUCAGCUCUAUACUACUAGAAAUAGCUAGAUUUAGUGAAGGCAAGCAUCCAUCAGACAUUAACCAACUCUUGAAUGCUAUAGAAGCAAUAUCCAUGUAUCAUGACAAGAAUUAUGGUCAUGACACAUCUCUGUUGGUGUUUUGGCCACAGGAAUAUAAUGAGGCAACUGGUGUGUGGCUCUGUCGUCCUGUUAACAUAGGAAAAACCAUGGAUUUUGGCAAUAAAGCUGAACCAGUUGUGAAAAGGAUGUUUACUGAUAUAGGAUUACAGGGACUAUGGAAUGAAAUAAGUCCCCUCGUUAAUGAAAUACUUACUGCAAGCAGUGCUUUCUAUAUACCGGCUGACUUUGAUGACACAUUCGUCAAUAUUGGUUUUGGUUCUCUACUGAAAAACUAUCAGUCUGUAUCUCGGGAGCCUUACCUCUCGUGGUUGAGUAGUAACUCGAAUUUAGAAUCUGCCAUUGCAGCUCUGAAGAAAUAUUCAUACAAGCCAUUUAGCAGCGAGUUUGACAGCAAAGCAAUAGAUCCAAGGACAUACUUUUACAUGAGACACUUUCUUGAGGAAGCAAAAUCAAAAGGAGAAUUGUCUUUAGUUACUACUUGGGUUCAAAGCCUUAGUGAGUCUAGGGAUAAUUUCUAUAAUCAUUAUACAAUGCCUUUCAACGUUAAUAAUGUUGAUCUGACUGUAUCUGCUAAUGUAUUGUAUGGACUAACUGCAGCAGUACUGUCUGAUAUGCAAGAUCCUAAUAGCUGGUUUGAUGAGGAGGUUCAAAUGAUUUAUCUCAACACAACUUCUCUUGUAAUGUAUGAAAUAUCAAACAACUUCUCAUCAAGGCCUGACUUAGCACUGACCUACUAUCCAUCAGUCUUUAACUUCUACUGGUUUACAUCUCGUAUACUAAACCUGCUAAACUCUUAUGACCAAUUACCAUAUCCUGUUAUGCAGACUGUCAAAAUGAGAAUGAGUUCUACUUUGCGAGGAGAAGGAACAAAUGACAUUCUUCGACGUGCUACAAGACAUAAUGACUUUAUUUACUUUGAUGACUUUUUAGGUGAUAACGAUAAAAACUUGUAUGGUGAACGUGUUAAUCGUGGAGACGACCGUAUUUCUUCAACAGCUAUGGCUGUCAAUGCUUUGUUUUAUAUCUGGGCUAAUGCCAGUGGUGUGUUGCUCACUGACACUCCUGAGCCAGUAACAUAUACAUUAAUAAUGGCUUGUCAUUGGCUAAGUGAUAAUGCACUGAGUGAUAGACUGGAGCAUAUUAACGCCUUCUUCUCUGGAUCAGUAAAAUUAGGCUCUGUUGACAUACCCUUCUUUUAUCCCUUGAACUAUAUUGAAAGAGUUAAUGGCUCAUUGAUUUCAUCAGACCAUCAUUUCCUAGGCUCUGAUAGUGAUGUUAUAAGUGCUGUAAUUGGUACCAUACAAGAAGAUAGAUACAAGGAGCUCUUGGAGCACAAACAUUAUGGUUAUAAGACCCCGACUGAGUUUCACGGCUUUAACUCCAAACAUGUUCCAUUUCCAUUCUGGUCUUCCACCAUCUUGACAGAUGCUUCAUCUGCACUGGCUUUGACACAAUGUACUCUUAAUAACAUGUAGACCUGUAGUUUCAUAACCUUUCUCUACUAAUCCUUUCUCUCUACCCUUUUAAGCCGUCUUUUUUGGUUAAAAAUUUAUUGCUAAUA